AUGUCGCUUACUUGCGCACUGUGCUUCCGGAAAGGCCUUUUCCGGAGAGGUCGCUCGGGAGCUGAGGCUGACCGAGCACUCUCCCAGCAGUCUGACUCCGAGGCCAAAGGCCGGGGUCAAGGAGGAGCUUGGCUUUGUUGUGAGCGAUGGAAGCGGAAGCGGAGCCAGGAGUGUGCAGCUCUCGCUGCAGAGCUCCACACCUGCAGGGAGCAGCUCGUGCAGAGAGAGGAGGAGAUCGCCAACCUGAAGGCGGAGAGAAACAACACCAGGCUGCUGCUGGAACAUUUGGAGUUGCUCGUCUCCAGGCACGAGAGAGCUCUUCAAAAAACAGUCAUACGGCGACAGGCGAAGCCUCCGGCCGGCGUGUCCAGUGAGGCGGAGGUGCAGAGCCAGAUGAAAGAGCUCCUGGCUACCCUGUGCACUCUCGUGGCCAAGCUGGAAGAGGACCUGGACGUCUCCAGGAAAGACCUCAUCCUUUCGGAAGCAAUGAACACCAUAUUACAAAGAGAUGUCCGUGAAGCCACGGCCCAGAAGGAAGACAUGCAAGAGAGGAUCACUACCCUUGAGAAGCGCUGCCUCAGGGCACAGCAGGAAGCCACCUCUCUGCACGACCUCAAGGAUAAACUUGAAAACGAGAUCGCAAAGAAGGACUCUCUGCAUCGACAGACUGAGGCUCAAAACCGCCAGUUGCAAGAGCGCCUGGAGGUGGCGGAGCGGAAGCUGCAGCAGACCCCGAGGAAGGCCAAGUCGCUGCCCGAGGUGGAAGCCGAGCCGGCCCAGAGGGUGGCCACCCUCUGCAAGGCCGAGCAGAGGCGUGGCAACAUCGAGGAAAGGCUGCGCCAGAUGGAGGCCCAGCUGGAGGAAAAGAACCAAGAACUGCAGGGGGUACGUGUCCGAGCGGAGCAGCCGCUUUUCUGUUGCCUGCUCCCAAGGAAAGAGGUAAGGCAGAGAGAAAAACUGAAGGACGAGACUAAUCAACGUCUCUCAGACACUAUCGACCAACUCCUUGACGACUCGGACCAGCGUCUGAAGCGUCAGCUGAAAGAGAGAAUGGCUGCCGUGGAAGAUAAGGUAGGACAUGAGAGACAGCGGCUGAGUGCCCCCGUCCUCACAGAGGAGACGCUCACGUUGUGA